AUGGCAGGUUUGAGCCAAUCCAACACCACUCCAGAAAUAGGGGCAGCAACCGGGAACCUCCAUCGCAACAUCUCUGGCUCCAUCUCCUCCCCAGCUCUGUCCCCCUCUUCUUGCAGUAUCGAUGAGUCAUACAAGUAUGUUUUCCUCCCAGUUUGCUAUUCCCUCACCUUCUUGUUCAGCCUGACUCUCAACUCAGUGGUCCUGCUGCGCUCCUGCCGACACCAUGGUGGUUGCCGGCGUCAUGGAAAUGCUGGCAGCGGACGACGCUGGAACACCUCACUCAUCUACAUGGUGAACCUGGCCACCACUGACCUGAUGUACGGCCUGUCCCUGCCCUUCCUGGUGGCCAGCUAUGUGUUACAGGACCACUGGGUGUUUGGGGACUUCAUGUGCCGUCUUGUCCGCUUCCUGUUCUACUUCAACCUUUACUGUUCCAUCUUCUUCCUCACCUGCAUCUCUGUCCACAGGUACCUUGGUAUCUGCCACCCAAUGAGGACCAUCACCCUGGAGAGUAAGAGGGCGGUGAAGGGGACCUGCACUUUGGUAUGGCUGGUGGUUUUUGUCCUCACCUGCCCCAUCUUCAGGUUUGCCCAGACUGGUUAUGUGGUGCGAGGAGGAGGUGGUGAAGUCGGGGCUGGAGGAGGAAGGGGAGAAGGCAAUGGAACUGAAAUACAGGAGGAGGCUUUUGGUAGGAGUGGAGGUGUUUCAGGGGGAUAUAUGAACUGUUGGGAUGAUGCCAUUGAUGAAGAGUUUGCUGAUUAUGUCCCAUACGGCAUCGUCCUUCAUCUGCUGGGCUUCUUUGUUCCUUUUGUCAUCAUUGCCUGGUGCUACUCCCAGGUUGUUAGGACAAUAUUUCAAACCUUACGUUCCCCACCCAGUUCAUUGGAGGGAGGCGAUGAGGGUACAGGGGGAGAUGGGGUGAAUGAGGGGAGUAGGGAGAGAACCUCUGUCUCAAUCUGUGGCUCCCAGCAUUCACACUAUAUCCGGCGACGCCGGAAAUCCAUCAAGACCAUUGUCACCAUCACGCUUCUGUUUGCUCUAUGUUUCCUGCCCUUCCAUGUGACCCGGACGCUCUUCUUGCUCCUGAGGAGGGGGCAGGUAGGAGGUUGCUACGCUAUGAAAACCAUCUCCAUUUGCUACAAGGUCACCCGGCCUCUGGCCUCCUGCAAUGCUUGGCUCAAUGCGCUUCUCUACUUUCUGACGGGGGAUAAGGGCGCACCCUGCUGCUGGUCAACAGAACCCAGUGUGCGACGUGACCACCGCAGCGGAUCCCUCUGGUGGCCGCUGAAGAUCCUGAAGAAGGAGGGAGCUGGAGAGGAUGACCAAGAGGCAGCUGAAAGGGUUGAAAGGGCGGUGCACAUGGAAAAUGAGUCCAAGUCUUCGAGAGUUGUAUUCUAA